AUGGGCUACAAUAUGGCCAAGAAUUUGCACGCCAAAAUUCCUUCCAAUGAUACGCUGAUCGUUCGUGAUGUAAACGAAGAAUCAACAGCACGCUUUGUUCGAGAGGCCCAGGAAACUGCCAAGAGCGCUGGUGCCGGUACUGUUCUGCCAGAGGUUAUAGUUGCUGAUAAUGCGAGGGAAAUUGCGGAGAAGUCGAGCGUGAUAAUCACUAGCCUUCCGGAGCCUCAGCAUGUCAAGGACGUUUUUUACUCAAUGAUUCGGCAAGGCACCCUGCCCGCCCUUGACAAGGAACGCGUAUUCAUCGAUACUUCGACCAUCGAUCCGGCCUCCACCAAGGAGAUUGCGAAUGCGAUUCAUUCAACAUCGCAAGGCCGAUUUGUCGACGCACCCGUUUCAGGUGGCGUUGUGGGCGCUCGCGCUGGCACUCUAUCUUUCAUGUUUGGAGCAUCGUCUCGAACGGGGGAACUCGUGGACCGAGUCAAGGCCAUCUUGCUCCUCAUGGGGAAAAAGGCAUGGCACAUGGGUGGCGCCGGAACUGGCGUCUCGGCCAAACUCGCCAACAACUACAUCUUAGCGAUUAAUAAUAUCGCAACGGCAGAGGCGAUGAACCUGGGGAUGCGCUGCGGACUCGACCCUAAAGCGCUGGCAGAACUGGUCAGCGCUUCCACUGGCCGGUGCUGGCCCAUGGACGUUAACAAUCCUGUUCCCGGCGUGAUCGAGAGCUCACCCGCUUCGCGUAACUACGAAGGUGGAUUUGGGAUCAGUCUCAUGAACAAGGACUUGCGGCUAGCCCUCACUGCUGCGAAGGAGUCUGGUACUCCAUUAGCUCUGGCGGAGGCGGCUCGUGUUGUGUACAGUGUGGUGGAAGCUGAGCAUCGAGUCCAUUUUCUGUUCGUUGCUGGGGUUGAUGUCUCUCCUGGCUCCUUUACACCAUCGACCCUAGAUCAUACAUACUCCAAGCCAGUCUCGGCCAAUCUAGGUGCACUACAAAGUUGUUUCUCCUUCUCGCUUGCCGCUGUCUCUCAAGCGUUAGGCUCUAUCGUUGUGAACUGUUAUUCCAGACUCCUAGCGAUGCCUGCCCAGACCCAGCAGCAGACUGCUCCCGAAAACGGCCCGACUCAGGCUAGUCACAACGGACAGUUUACCCAUAAUAACCGCGGUGCAUAUACUGGCGGUCAUCAGCAAGGUAACCGUCCUGACCUGGCUUCCCUUUUCAGCGGCAUGAACAUCCAGAAUCAAGGUGCCGGUGGCAAGUACAACACCCUCAAGGGAGGAUUGCCCGUCGCCAUGCCUCCGCCUUUGGAGCUUGCUGGCCCUCGUUCCUACAACAACCAGAUCGUCCUUCUUCCCAACGGCAAUGUCUUUCAAGGUCUUCCUCAUGCUCCGAUGUCUCCGUUUCCCCAAGGUGCUCUCCCCGGACACGACCAAUUGGGCCAGAUCCCGUAUUUGCCCAACGCCAUGUAUCCUGGCAUUGCUCCUGGCUGCGUUCCGCCAGCUAUGCAGGGUUACCCUUUCCCAUAUCACCUCAUGAGCUGCGACAUGCAGGACCCCACCGGUCAGAAGCGGAGCCACUGGGCUGGCAACGACGAACAAAAGGGAGCAGGCCCCUCGGUGUCUGACGGUAGCAAUCAAAGUGAAUUCUUUGGUGCCCUUCCAGGUCUCGAUGGCUCCACGCUUUCGGGCUACGCGAUGAACAACAUCCCUCAGGCAGGACAAAGCAACCUGCAACUCCAGAUGAUGAAAACCCCCACCGGCUACAUACUGCAGGACCUUGAGAGCUUGGUUCAGCAAGAGCCUGCUAUUCCCAGGGCCGUCCCCGCCAUGUGGACGAAUCCCACCGACUUGACCCUUGCCAAGUGCCUUGAGAACCGCGAGGGAAUCACCAACGUCUACAUCCGAGGCUUCCUCCCGGAGACCACUGAUGAGAUGCUGCAUGCUUACGCUGGUCGCUUCGGUAAGAUAGACCGUUGCAAGGCAAUCGUCGAUUUGGACACUGGUCUCUGCAAAGGGUUUGGUUUCGUCCAGUAUUACAACUUCGAGUCUUGUGAGAAUUGCAUUCGAGGCUUUUUCUACCUUGGCUACCAGGCUAGCUUUGCUCAGAAAUCCCGCAACUCCCGCUUGAAGGAUCUUGAGGACAGGUCGUCGACCAAUAUCUACUGCACCAACAUCCCCAUUGACUGGACCGAGGCAGACCUUCGCCGCCACUUUGAGCCCUACCGUGUUGUCUCCGAGAAGAUCAGCCGUGAUGAGAAGACCGGUGUUAGCAAGGAGGUCGGAUUUGCUCGUUUCGAGACCCGCGAGAUUGCCGAGAAGGUCCUGGGCGAGUACCACAAUAUCGUCGCCGAGGAUGGUGUCAAACUGCUUCUCCGCUUCGCCGACACCAAGGCCCAGAAGCUCCUCAAGCAGCAAAGCAACGAGCGUCGUGCCUAUCGCGCCGGCGAGUACAACUACUCCGUCGAAGUGGUGCAGGGUUCGACUCCGUCUCCGUCCCUCCAUCGUCUCCAGCAGACGGUCUCGCACAUCAGCCCUACCUCUCAGAUCAGCUAUGUGUCUCCUGUUGGAGUCGGUGCUAACUGGACUCCUGCAACGUCUAUUUCCCCAUCGGUUCCGCUGGCCAAGAAUCCAGCCGGCAACAUGCGCUACAACUCUUGGUCCUCCAAGAAUAGCCCCGCUCCCCUCGACACCACACCGAUGUAUAGAGGCCGGCUUGGAUAUUCCAACCGAGGCAACUGGACCGACAACAGUGGCUCCUCGAAGACUGUGAUGCCGAGCACUCCCUGUGCCGAGCCUCGUUCUGAGAGAUCGAGCCCUCACAAGGAGAACAUCAAGGCAGGUUCCCUGUCUCCGAUCUCCUCGCGCAGAGAGAUCAUCGUCAACUCCCCACGCUCCGUCAUGUGA